CCCGUUCAUAACUUCUUCCACCACCACAACCCCCAUUUUCAUCACCACCCGCACAGCUCCCUCUUGCCGAUCUCUGCACUUUCGACAUCAUGGCUGUUCCCUUCCUCAAGAACCAGAGCCUUCUGGCUCCCUACAUGCAGCUCGACCAGCGGGGAAAGGUCCAGGCUGAGUACAUCUGGAUUGAUGGCGAUGGCGAGAUUCGCUCCAAGACUACGACUCUUGACUCCAAGCCCAAGGCUGUCUCGGACCUCAAGGAGUGGAACUUUGACGGCUCUUCGACCAACCAGGCUCCCGGCGACAACUCGGACAUUUACCUCCGCCCUGCUGCCAUCUACCCCGACCCCUUCCGUGGCGGCGACAACAUCAUUGUCCUGGCCGAGUGCUGGAACAACGAUGGCACGCCCAACAAGACGAACCACCGCGCUAACUGCGUGAAGGUCAUGAAGCAGGCCGAGAAGGAGAAGCCUUGGUUCGGAAUCGAGCAGGAGUACACGCUCUUUGACAUCGAUGACAAGCCCUACGGCUGGCCCAAGGGAGGUUUCCCUGGCCCUCAGGGCCCUUACUACUGCGGUGUCGGUGCCGGCAAGGUCUACGCCCGCGACAUCAUCGAGGCUCACUACCGCGCCUGCAUGUACGCUGGUGUCGAGAUUUCGGGCAUCAACGCUGAGGUCAUGCCUUCGCAGUGGGAGUUCCAGGUUGGUCCUUGCGAGGGCAUCAAGAUGGGCGAUGACAUGGUCAUGGCCCGCUUCCUCCUCACCCGGGUUGCCGAAGAGUGGGGCGUUAAGGUCUCGCUUCACCCCAAGGCCGUUCCCGGCGACUGGAAUGGUGCCGGCUGCCACACCAACUACUCGACCGAGUCGAUGCGCCAGAAGGGCGGCAUGAAGGCCAUCGAGGCUGCCAUUGAGAAGCUGAGCAAGCGUCACGCCGAGCACAUUGCCGUCUACGGCACGGACAACGACCAGCGUCUGACCGGCAAGCACGAGACGGGCCACAUCGGCAGCUUCUCGUCGGGCGUUGCCAACCGUGGCGCCUCGAUCCGUAUUCCCCGACAUGUCGCCGCUCAGGGAUAUGGCUACCUUGAAGACAGGCGGCCGGCAUCAAACAUCGACCCGUACCAGGUCACCGACAUCAUGGUGACGACGACGCUCCUCAUGUAAAGACGAUGAAAUCGUCAGUCGCCAUUUUUCAAAGCUCUUCGAAAUUUUUAUGUGAAGAAAUGGGUAUUUUGUGCUGC